UACAGGCUUGUACUGAAGUUCUGGAGCAGGAGUAGUGAAUAGUGAUAACAAGUACUGAACAACAGUAUUUGUUGUUGCCCUAUCCAAAUGGGAUCAAAGAAAUUAGAUUCAACGUCAUCAAAAAACAAGGGAUCAUUUCGUUCCAUUUUCAUGCACGCAGAUAAUAUUGACAAACUUUUGAUGACCCUUGGCUUUCUGGGGUCAGUUGGGGAUGGGGUUCUAAUGCCGAUGAUGCUGCUGGUGACAAGCGAACUCAUGAACAAUAUUGGUGACGCAGCUUCGUCAGUAACAAAAGAUUUCCGUCAUAGCAUUAACAAGAACGCAUUGAUUCUCUGCUAUAUGGCAGCCGGGCAAUGGAUAUCCUGCUUCAUCGAGGGGUAUUGUUGGACUAGAACAGCAGAGAGGCAAGCUUCUACGUUAAGGGCACGAUAUCUUAAAGCAGUGCUAAGGCAAGAAAUUGGCUACUUCGAUCUACAUGUGGCGAGCACAGCCGAAGUCAUUGCAAGUGUCUCCAGUGACAGUCUUGUAAUUCAGGACGUCAUCAGUGAAAAAGUUCCAGUGUCGUUGAUGAAUCUCUCGACGUUUGUGGGGGCAUAUGUUGCUGCGUUUGCAAUGGUCUGGAGGCUGGCUAUUGUUGGAUUUCCUUUUAUAAUAUUUUUGGUCAUACCAGGUCUGAUGUAUGGAAGAUCUCUUAUGAGCAUUGCUAGAAGGAUCAGGGAAGAAUACAACAAGGCCGGGAUAGUUGUAGAGCAGGCCAUUUCUUCCGUCAGGACCGUUUACUCCUUUGUUGGGGAGAGUAAAACUAUCGCAGAGUACUCGUCUGCUCUUCAGGGGACACUGAAAUUGGGGCUGCGACAAGGUUUGGCAAAAGGUUUGGCCAUUGGUAGUAAUGGUGUGGUGUUUGCAAUUUGGUCUUUCAUGUCCUAUUAUGGCAGCAGAUUGGUCAUGUACCACGGUGCCAAAGGAGGGAAUGUUUUUGCAGUCGGUGCUGCCCUUGCCGUCGGUGGAUUGGCACUGGGUUCUGCCUUAUCCAACGUAAGGUACUUGUCAGAAGCUAGUGCUGCAGGUGAACGCAUCAUGGAAAUCAUGAAAAGAGUGCCCAAGAUUGAUUCGGACAACUUGGAAGGCCAAAUUCUAGAAAACGUCUCGGGAAAAGUUGAGUUUAAGCACGUUGAAUUCGCAUAUCCCUCAAGACCUGAAAGCAUAAUUUUCAAGGAUUUUAACCUCGAAGUCCCAGCUGGAAGAACGGUUGCAUUGGUUGGAGGAAGCGGUUCUGGGAAAUCCACAGUUAUUGCUUUGCUGCAAAGAUUUUAUGACCCACUUGGAGGUGAAAUCCUGCUUGAUGGGCUCAACAUUGAUAAGCUGCAACUCAAGUGGUUAAGGUCGCAGACGGGGCUGGUAAGUCAGGAGCCUGCUCUUUUCGCUACAAGCAUUAAAGAGAACAUACUUUUUGGGAAGGAGGAUGCAUCCGUGGAAGAGGUUAUCGAGGCAGCAAAAGCUUCUAAUGCUCAUAACUUCAUUUGUCAGUUGCCUCAGGGUUAUGACACUCAGGUUGGUGAGAGGGGAGUUCAGAUGUCCGGAGGACAGAAGCAGAGAAUUGCCAUUGCCAGAGCCAUUAUUAAAACACCAAAAUUGCUCCUCCUUGAUGAGGCCACAAGCGCACUGGAUGCCGAAUCAGAGAGGAUUGUUCAAGAAGCUCUGGACAAGGCAGCCGUCGGGCGCACCACCAUCACCAUAGCCCACCGUCUCUCCACCAUCCGAAAUGCUGACCUCAUUGCUGUGGUCCAGAAUGGCCAAGUCAUCGAGACUGGCUCGCAUGACGAGCUAGUUGAGGAUGAAAAUGGUUUCUACACGUCGCUCAUCCGCCUUCAACAGACGGAAAAAAUCAGCCAAGUUGAAAGCAAUGCGAGCGCACUGGCGUCGCUGUCCAAUGCAAUCAGCGACAGGCACAGCACCAGCAGUCGAAGGCUAUCAAUCUUGAGCAGGUCCAGUUCGGCUAACUCAACCACUCCGAGCCAUAGAGCAGAGAAUGCAGCAGCUCCCGGGGAUCAAGUGUUUUCAGUACCCUCGUUCAGAAGAUUAUUGGCCAUGAACCUGCCUGAAUGGAGGCAAGCAACGGCAGGGUGUAUUAGUGCAGUACUGUUCGGCGCAAUUCAACCGACGUACGCCUUGGCGCUGGGAUCCAUGAUAUCGGUGUAUUUCUUGCCCGAUCACAGAGAGAUCAAGAAAAAGACGGAGAUAUAUGCUCUGUCCUUUGUGGGGCUGGCAGUUGCUUCAUUGGUGAUAAAUAUAUGUCAGCAUUAUAACUUUGCAGCCAUGGGGGAGCAUUUGACAAAGAGGAUCAGGGAAAAGAUGCUGUCCAAGAUGCUCACUUUUGAAAUAGGGUGGUUCGAUCAGGAUGAGAAUACAACUGGUGCCUUAUGCUCCAGGCUAGCAAAGGAUGCCAAUGUGGUAAGGUCAUUAGUUGGGGAUAGAAUGGCGCUGCUGGUUCAAACUAUUUCUGCAGUGAUCAUCGCAUGCACUAUGGGCCUAGUCAUCGCCUGGAAGCUAGCUCUGGUCAUGAUAGCCGUUCAACCCCUUAUCAUCACCUGCUUUUACUGUAAGCGCGUUCUGCUAACCACCAUGACCAAGAAGGCCAUCAAAGCCCAGCAGGAAAGCAGCAAGGUCGCUGCUGAAGCCGUCUCCAACCUUAGAACCGUCACCGCUUUCAGCUCCCAAGCUAGGAUUCUCCGGAUGCUUGAACAGGCCCAACGAGGCCCCCGACGGCAAAGCAUUCGGCAGUCAUGGUUCGCCGGUGUUGGGCUUGGUACGUCCAACAGUCUCAUGUCGUUGACGUGGGCUCUCGACUUUUGGUAUGGGGGUAAACUGAUUGGAGAGGGUGAACUUGGAGCAAAAGCGCUGUUCCAGACUUUCAUGAUUCUGGUCAGCACCGGUCGCGUAAUUGCCGACGCGGCUACCUUGACCAAUGAUCUAGCCAAAGGGUCCGAGGCUGUCGGGUCUGUUUUCGCAGUUUUGGAUCGGUACUCCUCGAUCGAACCUGAGGAUCCAGAAGGCCACAAGCCCAACAAGGUUACGGGCCACGUCGAGCUCCGCGAUGUCGAUUUUGCGUACCCCUCCAGGCCCGAUGUGAUCAUCUUCAGUGGGUUCUCCCUCAAAAUUCAGGCGGGGAAAUCAACGGCGUUGGUGGGACAAAGCGGCUCAGGGAAAUCCACCAUAAUCGGCUUGAUCGAGAGGUUCUAUGAUCCGCUGCGCGGGGUGGUGAAGAUCGACGGUCGAGAUAUAAAAGCAUACCACUUGAGAUCGCUGAGGAAACACAUUGCACUGGUGAGCCAGGAGCCCACAUUAUUCGCCGGCACCAUACGCCAGAACGUCGCGUACGGAGCAUCGGAGGACGUGGGCGAGGCGGAGAUCAUUGAGGCUGCUAAGGCAGCCAAUGCUCAUGAUUUCGUCGCGGGGUUGAAGGAUGGAUAUGACACGUGGUGCGGAGACAGGGGAUUGCAACUAUCGGGAGGGCAAAAGCAGCGGAUUGCCAUCGCCCGGGCUAUCCUGAAAAACCCGGCAAUACUGUUGUUGGACGAAGCAACCAGCGCACUUGACAGUCGGUCUGAAAAGGUGGUGCAAGAUGCACUGGAGAGAGUGAUGGUGGGAAGGACCAGUGUGGUUGUGGCGCACAGGCUAAGUACAAUCCAGAGCUGCGAUACGAUUGCGGUUUUGGACAAAGGGAAGGUGGUGGAGAAAGGGACACAUUCUUCUCUGCUGGCCAAAGGUCCGAGCGGAGCUUACUACUCUCUUGUCAGCCUCCAAACAACCGCCAAUUCAACCGACGCCAUUGCCUAGACACUGUCUUUAAACUUUUUCCCGCCUUCUCGAGUUUCAACCUUGAUUGAGAGAGAUUGGGCUCAUCUUCAUGAAGCACUAACAUUUAAUCAACUCAAACUGUAUCCCGCGACUUUUAAAAGCACUAUGCUUUUUUCCCUAAAUGUUUAAUAAGAUUAUGAAAUCACGAC